AUGGAGAACCAGACGACGACGGAAAAAGAGCAGACGUGGGACGCGCUCACGAUCAAGGGCACGUGCGAGAGGCUGGAGAAGUCGUACUUCCGUCUCACGUCCGCGCCCGACCCGGCGACGGUGCGGCCGCAACCGGUGCUUGAAAAAUCCCUCGCGCGUCUGAAAUCCGCCGCGAAAGGGGAAUCGUACCACUACCUCACGGACCAGCUCAAGGCGCUGCGGCAGGACUGCACGGUGCAGAGGCUCCGCAACGCGUUCACCGCGGAGGUGUACGAGCACCACGCGAGAGUCGCGCUGCAGAACGACGACCUGGGGGAGUUCAACCAGUGUCAGACGGUGCUCAAGACGCUCUACGGCGAAGGCGUCGAGGGAGAGGAGAUGGAAUUCCUCGCGUACAGGGUUCUGUACAGCGCCGUGACGGGCGUGACCGGGUCGAACAUCAACACCGUGCUCGCGACCGCGUGCGCGAUGCGCUCGCAUCCCGCGAUCGCGCACGCGCUCGCGGUGAGAAGCGCGCUCAAGGAGGACAACGCCGUCGACUGGUUCCGGCUGCGCGUCGCCGCGAAAAAGUUCGGCUUGGGAAAGGAGCUCAUGGACGUCCGAACCGAGGAGGUGCGGUUUAAACACGUCACGAUGAUGGCGACGGUGUGCAAGCCCACGGUGCCGGUGACUCACCUCGCGCACGUGCUCGGGUUCAGCGGCGACAGGGCGGAGGAGGAGAUGGACGCGAAGGCUAGCGGAUGCGGCGCUCUCGGCGGCGAACGCGACGGGGAGGAGACCGCCGCCGACGAAGAAGCCGCGUGUGUGACGUGGCUCGAGGAGCACGGCGCGGUCGUCGUGGACGUCGCGGGAGCGAAGCACGUGGACUCGAAAGAGAGCCUGCCGAAGCUGUUCGUGCCCGAGGAUAAAAACGCCGUCGCGCACGGGGACCAGACGUUAGACUACGCGGACUUCCUCGCGUCCGUGGGGACGUUCACGGGGUGA